CCACUCGUCAUCAACACGGUAUCUGCGGAAUGUAAUCAAACGCAAUGAAUCAUACGAGGAACAUAAAGGAGAUGCUGAGCAUCCCAACUGGAAACAGAAAUGGGGCUACCAGCGGCUACUCCAGUUUCACAGACUCUCAGUUGUUCUUUGGGUCUCAGUUUUGGCCUGAAAACUCUCAAGGCCUGUCUCAAGAUAUGAGUUUGUCGUCCAGGACCUCCCAACAAAGUUCACAAGAGGGAAGUGACCCAAAGUUUUCGAGCAGUUAUCACACUAAACCUUUCCUGUUUGGAGACUUAAAGGACAAGAGCAAAACUUUUGGAAUACUGGAUACAUUUGAAGAGGAAAAGAAAAGGGCAAAAGAGAAAAUGGAUGGUGAUAUUUUAGCCAAAGAAUGUAAUAAUUUUCGAGAAACACUCAACAAUAUCCAACAACUGGUCACUGGCACAGAGAGAAACACUGCUGUGUGUCAAACGGUCCUUGAAAAGUUUGACAACUUUGCAUCAACACUGCAAAAUUAUUUCAGCAGUCUCCAGAGUGACAUUUCUCUGCAGUUUGAGACUUUACUGACUAAAGUGAACUCCCAGAAAGAGAUGUUAACUGAAUUGGGGGAGACUGCGCAAAAGCGUGGGGACACCACAGCAGAACUCUGUUCAAAUCUGCAAAGCUUAAAGAGUACUGUGGAGAGUCUGAGAGAGGGGCAGGAGAGAGAACGGAACAUGCUGGAAGAGGCUCUGAAGCUGCUCAGCACCUUAGUCUCGGAGCACUCAGCCAAAGCCAGCCCCAAGGGAGUGACGGACAAUGCCAGCCAGACGUCACCAGAGCUGGAGCAGCCGUUCUCCACCAUCCUGCAAGACGACAAGCUGGAAGGCAUGCAGCUUAGACGCAGGUCAUACAACACUGAACACACUAACGCCGAAGUUCCCCCUCAGCAUCCCAGCGACAUCAUAAAGAAGAAAUUCACUCCGAGAAGCCACAAGAAGCGCAAAAAGAGACCGUUGGUGCUCUCACAAAGGAGUAAGUCCACUGUAAAGAAGGAAAACCGUGACCCUCUCAUGAACUGUGACAAACAACAAAAUGCUUCAACAUCACUCUGUGAGCGUCGAGAUCCGAACAUGUUAACCAGCCAGCAGAGUCUCAACCCAGACUGUCCUCAAAUGCCAAGCAGGGGGAUGAGAUCCAUAGCUGAAGGGUGUUUCAUCACCCCUCUCAGCUGCUGGUCUCAGGACAGCAACAGCUCCGUGUGCCUCGCAGGAAUCGAAUCCAUUUUAGAAAAGCUCUCAUCGGAGUCCGAGAGAGGGACCCCAGUGAAACCUGAAAGCCUCUGGCAGUUGUUUGACAAGGACUGUGAUUCAAGCUUUUAGAGGAUGAGUGAAGGAUUCAAGAGUGACGCAUCUGUGCUCUUAUGUUUGGAGUAAAAGUCAGAAAGGUUUAGUGUGUUAUUUAUCAUUACUUAUGACCUCUGUUAUAAUAGUUGUAGAGAUAUUCAGUUUCUUGAAGAAUGAAAACAUUGAUAAAUGUUGUCGUAUACUUAUGGUGGAGGAGUCUAAAAGGUACUCAUGAUAAGUACGUUUAGCACAGACUCGCACACAAAUACAAUAACAUAUUUAAAGUUAUUCAGCUGACAUAAAAGAAUACAUAUUGUUUACUAAACUGU